AAACCAGAAAAAUAUCAUUUCAGCUGAAGUUUGCAAAUUCCGAGCAAACCCAAGCUCGAUUCCGUUCCAUUAAUGGCGUCCUCUGUAUUCUCUCACGCGCCAUCUUCUUCUUUCACCCUCCACUUCAAUUCAAGCCGACCCUUCUCUCCCCAAUUAAUUAGCGUCUCGAAACACCUAAGCUUUACAGUCAAGGCGUCGACAUCUGUUGACUAUUCAAUCCCAUCGAAAUCAUCUCCCGUAGCCAAGAGCAAGCCGAGCAGCUGGCAAUGGAAGUUCGGGGGCAAUUCCGUAGAUAUCCACUUCGAGAGGCUAGAGAAAGACGGCGGCGGCGCGGCCGCUCGGCCGCGCAAGGACAUUCUCUUGGUGCCGACGAUCUCCGACGUCAGCACGGUGGAGGAGUGGAGGGUUGUGGCUGAGGAAAUCGUCGGGAGGGAAAGUGCGAUUAAUUGGAGCGCGACUAUUGUGGAUUGGCCCGGUUUGGGGUAUUCGGGCCGGCCCAAGCUCGAUUAUAAUGCUGAUGUGAUGGAGAGGUUCCUGGUGGAUUUUGUUAAUGCACCUGAUAGUCCAAUUUCCAGCUUUAUUGCAGAUAAUGAGUAUGUGGUAUUUGGAGGAGGGCAUGGUGCAACAAUUGCUGUUCGGGCUACAAAAAAUGGUUUUUUGACGCCAAAGGCAAUUGCUGCUGUUGCACCAACUUGGGCUGGUCCUCUUCCUAUUGUGUUCGGUAAAGAUUCCAAUAUGGAGACUAGGUAUGGCUUGCUAAGAGGUACUUUGCGGGCCCCCGCCUUGGGCUGGAUGAUGUAUAAUGUCCUCGUCAGCAAUGAGAAGGCAAUCCAAUCCCAGUACAAAUCACACGUCUAUGCUGACCCGGAAAACGUGACGCGUGACAUCAUCGAGAGCCGAUAUGAGCUCACCAAAAGGAAAGGCGCUCGUUAUGUGCCGGCUGCUUUCUUGACCGGUUUGCUCGAUCCAGUAAGUUCAAGAGAGGAAUUUUUGGAACUAUUUUCCGGACUCCAAGGAAAACACGUGCCAAUACUUGUCAUGUCGACUUCAAGUGCACCAAAAAGAUCGAAAGCCGAAAUGGAAGCUCUUAGGGGAGCAAAAGGUGUGAGCAAAUUUGUGGAGGUUAAAGGCGCUUUGCUUCCUCAAGAAGAGUACCCUAAGGUUGUAGCCGAGGAAUUAUACAGGUUUUUGGUGGAGAAUUUCGAGUCGGAGGAUUAAAUUAAACCAAGAUUUAUGUGGAAGUUCGAAUCUUUUUUGGACCCUUUUCAUUUCAUGAUCUAUAUAGUAAUUACUACAUGAAAUCGAGCUAAUCGUUUAUGGAGAACCAGUUGAAAGUGAAACAGGUAGGUACAUUAUAUAUAUAUAUUUACCACUUUUUACAGGUAAUUUUCAGCUGUAAGAUGUACUAUUAUGCUAUCAUCAACCUUGUAUUUGAUCAACUAUUUGAUGGUUUAAGUUGAUAACCAUAUUUGUAGCUCAUUAAAGAACAGUUGUGGAUCUCGUCAUGCUCGGAGAAAUACAUCGUUGUAUGGAGGGCAUUUUGGUCAUUUUAGUGAGGGUGGUGGGUGAUUAAUUUUUCACUAGUGGACUGAUUUUCUUGAAGCUAAUAAUGAUGAUUGAAAUUUUAAACUGUUUUUCAAGAAAAGGUGAAUAACAGUGCCCUAACCGUAGGAUCGAAUUUUUCUCAAGAAAC